AUGAGUUCGAGGAAUGGGGUGCAAGCAGAUAACAAACCCCAAAAUGGAAACAACAGUCGUCCUACUCUUUCUACUCCAGCGAAUACUGCACCUAAUCGCAAUGGAGGGGCUGCAAAUGCUACUCCGACACACAGAGGUGAUGUGAGGAGGAACACUGGACAGGUUCAUGUGAUGAACCAGACUGAGGCAAACACCAAGGGCAAUGUGGUCACCGAUAAUUUUUCUAGUCAUUCGAUGUCUUUUUAUGUGCUAUUUGAUUCUAGUGCUUCUCAUUCUUUUGUGUCUGGACCUCUUGUGAAAAAGUUAGGGUUAGAGAACUCUAAAACUUCUGAUAUAGACAUCUCUAUUCCUUCUGGUGUGAUCAUAACUUGUAAUAACUUGUAUCCAGAUGUCCCUAUUAUGUGUGGUAGUACCACCCUAGUAGCUGAUUUGAUAGUUUUUCCUUUGCAUGAUUUUGAUGUAAGUCUAGGGAUGGAUUGGCUUAGUAAGCAUAAAGCCAAGAUAGAUUAUUGUGAGAAACAAAAGGUGUAUGUAGUUGUUCCUAGUGGAGUCCGUAAGUUUUAUAGAGGGUAUUCUUUGAAAAUCGUUUCUGCUUUGACUCUAAAAUCCUAUUUGAGGAAGGGUUGUCCUAUGUGCUUGUGCCAUGUUCACGACACUAGUAAGGAAGAGCCACGUGUUGAAGAUGUUCUUAUUUCCAAUGAGUUUGUAGAUGUUUUUCCUGGUGAUAUUCCCGGCAUACCUCUGAGACGUGAUGUUGAGUUCAUUGUUGUCUUGAUGCCUGAAGCUGGACCUAUUUCUAAGCCUCCGUAUAGAAUGGCGCCUGCUGAAAUGAAUGAACCUAAGGCUCAGUUAGAAGAGUUGCUUGAUAAGGGCUACAUUCGGCCUAGUGUAUCUCCAUGGGUAUGCGUCUUGAAUGAUAUUCCUCCAGUUUUCAGAACUCGCUAUGGGCACUAUGAGUUUACUGUUAUGCCUUUUGGGUUGACUAAUGCGCCUACAGUGUUCAUGGACUUGAUGAAUCGAGUCUUCAGGCCGUACCUGGAUAAGUUUGUGGUGGUGUUCAUAGAUGAUAUACUGAUUUAUUCAAAAGAUGACAGUGAGCAUGAGGAGCAUCUUCGCACUAUUCUGCAGGUCCUGAGGGCGAACAAGUUGUAUGCUAAGUUCUCCAAGUGUGAAUUUUGGCUGGAGAAAGUUGCUUUUCUUGGUCAUAUCAUUUCUAGAGAGGGUGUCUCAGUUAAUCCAGCAAAUAUCCAAAUUUUGAAGGAGCGUCUCACCACAGCUCCUGUGUUGACUUUACUUGAUGGUAACCUUGAGUACGAAGUGUUCACAGAUGUUUCGAAGCAUGGUCUUGGUUGUGUGCUUAUGCAGGAUAAAAAGGUUUUUGAUUACGCUUCUAGACAACUGAAGAACCAUGAGUUGAAUUACCCAACGCAUGAUCUUGAAUUGGCAGAUGUUGUUUUUGCACUUAAGAUCUGGUAUCAUUAUCUUCUUAGCACAUCAUUCAAGAUAUUUUUGGACCAUAAGAGUCUGAAAUACAUCUUCACUCAGAGAGAGCUAAACAUGAGGCAGAGGAGAUGGUUGGAACUGAUAAAGGAUUAUGAUAUGGAGAUUCAAUACCAUGAGGGUAAGGCCAACGUUGUUGCAGAUGCACUUAAGUAG